AUGUCAUCACCAAUUAAAGUUAAUCUUGUCAAUAUUCGUGGAACUGUUCUUAAAGAAGGUAACUUCAAUUUAGUUAAUGGCAAACUUCCAAUUAACCAAAUCUGCAAACAAUUUCAAAUUAAAGAUUUAGUUUGGUGGAUGGAUGCUGAUAUUCAAGAAAAACUUACCAUUGAUACUAAUACUGGUGUCUCUGAAAUGUCUUUUGCAAAUAUGAAAAAUAUUAAUGUUACAGGAACCUAUUUAUAA